GCGCGGUGUCCCCACCCUCCGCGGACCCCGCGCCGGGCCGCGGCGGGUGUUGCCGCCUUCGCGGUGGCGGGGAGUUCCCUCGGCCCGGGGCUUCCCCCUCAGGGGAGGGGGUAGCCGGCGUCUGGGGACCCCUGCCCCGGGCCGCGCUGGCCUGGUGAGGGCUCGGGGCGAAUCAAUGGGCUGUCGAUGGGUUCCCCAUCGGGCCGUCGCGAGUGGCCGGGGUUUGGGGGACUCCCGGGGAGUGUUUCCCACUUUGAUGGCCUCAGGGUCCCCAGGGGGUCAGGGCAGGGGCAUUUCCCUGCGUGCCAGAUAACCCCUAACCUGCGGAGACCAUGCGGUUUCGAGAAGUUGGGAGGCAGAUGUGCGAGCAGAAAGACUUGGAAGGAGUCAAGACUGAGAACAACGAUCAUAUUAAUUUGAAGGUGGCGGGGCAGGAUGGUUCUGUGGUGCAGUUUAAGAUUAAGAGGCAUACACCACUUAGUAAACUAAUGAAAGCCUAUUGUGAACGACAGGGUUUGUCAAUGAGGCAGAUCAGAUUCCGAUUUGAUGGGCAGCCAAUCAAUGAAACAGACACACCUGCACAGUUGGAAAUGGAGGAUGAAGAUACAAUUGAUGUGUUCCAGCAGCAGACAGGAGGUGUCUACUAAAAAGGGAACCUGCUACUUUACUCCAGAACUCUGUUCCUCCAGACCAAGAAGACAUUCUCAAUUAGAAAACCGCAAUUUGGUUCCACCACAUCCUGACUACUACAGUAUAGUUUUCUCUAUUCUUUCAUUUUCCCCUUCCCCAUUCCUUUAUUGUACAUAAAGUAACUGUGUAUGUGCGCAAGCAUUUUGCAUUUUUUUUUAACUAAAUGGCCAAUGGUAUGUUUUGACCGACAUCAAAUGGAGAUGGGAUGGGGAAAAAUACUGGUUCUGUGAAAAUACCCCCUUUCUCCAUUAGUGGCAUGCUCAUUCAGCUCUUAUCUUUAUAUUCCAGUAAGUUAUUUUGCUCUCACUGUUUAACAAAAAAAGAACAACAUAAAAAUCCUUGCAUACCUUGUUCGAUUGGAGAAUUUUAAUGUUUUUCAUUUAUCAUUGUAAAACCAAGGACAAUUUUAUAACUUUUUUGUACGUAGCUGUUACAUGUAGGGCAAUCUGUCUUUAAGUAGGGAUAAAUUACUCUAAAAGAAAUGAAUCCUAGAUAGUUUUCCCUUCAAGUCAAACGUCUCGUUGUUUAAAUAAACUUCUUGUUUAAAAUGA